GAGGAGGAAAAAGGAGUGGCUUUCUGCAGAUAGGCGCCCCUCUCCACCGGAGUAAAGUCUUCUCUCACAGGCAGCUCAUGGAAGUGGAAAUAAAACAGAAACUCUGAUAUCCAGACCAAAGAAGAAGAUAAAGACGUGACUUCACGCCUCCUUUUGUACCAGUCAGGCUGUAUGAGGGUUUCACUCAACCAUGGCAUCAGCAGCUCCCCAGAAAAGGAUGGUCUCCUCCGUCUUCAUCACGCUGUCGUCCCCUCACCGAGCCACCGUGACGCAGCAGCAGCAGCAGCAACAGCAGCAACAGCAGCAGCAGCAGCAGCAGCCGGCCCUCCACACCCGCAGCGGCUCAGACAGGCAGCACGGCGCUGCAAGUGAUGACCUCUCCUCCCUCAGGCGGAGAGCAGAGGAGACGUCACCCACUAACACUGACAGAAACUGGACCGGUGCGGGGCCCCGGGGCAAAGCGUCUGGCCCACAGAGUCAACCCCGACCCGCCCCAACAGAACCCACCAAAGCCGAGGUGCAGGAGAAAAACAGGAACUCUUCAGAGCUUUUCCCUCCUCUUCCUCCUGACGUUCUACCUUCGUCGUACUCUAAAGAUGCAGCUCUUCCUCCUCCUCCUCCUCCUCCGUCCCUGAUCUCUCCCCUCCAUCCACACAGUCCUGAGCAGCUCCCAGUUUCCAACAAAGAGGUGAAAGCAUUUUCACCAACCAGAGGCUCAAAACACAACGAAGAAACUAACAUGAUUCACAGAAACAACCAGGACGUGACCACGGAGAGCAAAGAUUUGUGUGGCUUCUGUCGGAAACCCAUGGCCCUUUCUGAACCUGCGAUAGAAGCUCUGAACAGGAUUUACCACGAGGGCUGCUUCCAGUGCAGAUCCUGCCACGACCCCCUGGCUGGGAAGCAGUACUACAACAAGGCAGGAAUCCCUCUGUGUGAAGACUGCUAUCAGGCCAGUUUGGAUCUGUGCUGGACGUGCGGGGAGAUUAUCACCGACCAGAUAAUCCGUGCAAUAGAGCGAACGUACCAUCCCUCCUGUUUCACCUGCACAACAUGCAACCAGCAAAUUGGAGCACAAGCUUUUGCUCAGGGGGAGGUUGGUGAAGUUUACUGUCUGCAGGACUACUACAGGAAAUAUGCUCCGAUGUGUAGUGCCUGUGACCAGCUCAUCAUUCCUAAAGAAGAUGGUACUGAUAGCUACACUGUUGAGUGUCUGGGGCGCUCCUACCAUGAGAACUGCUACAGAUGCGAGGACUGUGGCAUCCAGCUCUCCCCUGAACCAAACGAACACGGCUGCUAUCCUUGGGAAGGGAAAAUGUUGUGCAAAGCCUGCCAUGUCAGCCUGGUUUCUGGGCAGCAGUAACACCACCUGUGCUCGCCGCAAGCAAGAGAAAACUGAGUGUUCAGCCCAACGACUCACAUGUGCCUUUACAGGAGAGCAUAUGUCACAAUGCUUUCUUUGAUAUCGCAUUUAAUUACUUUCCAAUAUGUCAGGCUUUCAGAGAAAUACAAAUCAACUUUUCUUUUAUACUUGAUCAUUUUGCACUUGAGAUGAAAAUGCGUUGUAUGCAACUGGCUUUGCAAAAACUAUUUGUAACAAACUAGUAGAAUCUGGAUUUUUUAGCUUUAUAUAUAUAUACAUAUAUAUAUAUAUAUAUAUAUAUAUAUAUAUAUAUAUAUAUAUAUAUAUAUAUAUAUAUAUAUAUAUAUAUUAAUCCUUUAUAGAAAACUAAAGUAACAUAAUAUAUAGCCUGUUAAAUUAGGUUCUAAGAUACAUGCAUGAAUUGGAAAUGUUGCACACUCAGUAUAUAAAUGUAUUUAGUUCAUAAUCAUAUAACAGGUUAAGACAAAGCACAGAUCAAAACGGCAGAUAAAGAGAAAGAAAGAUUCCUAAGUAAACAGGUCAGAGACGGCAUUAUUCAUCCUGAUUUGUCAAAUCUAUGUCAGCGUUUUUAAUAAAUUGGUUUUAUUUUUACAGUCUAUAUCUCAAAAUGGCUUCUGGAAUUACAGAUCUUUUGAAAUAUGUCAAAAAAAUAAAAAAAACAUCUUUUUCUAAGAAAAA